AUCCCGACAAACACUUUUUCGCAUUUAAUAAUACCCAUAUUACAAUGAAAAAAAUAGACACAACCACUCAUGUAAAUUGAAAUAGAUUGCAACAUUGCCCCUUGCUCCUUUUUAUUCUCCUGAACCUGUUAAUUUAUUAUUAAGAGCAGUAAACCUUUCUUAGAGUUAAAUAACAAUGUUCGUGAGUCGUGUGCUUGGUGCAGCUACAGGGGGAUACCUUGAGGGAAAAGGUGGUAGAAAGAUGAACAACGGAACAAGAAUGCAAGGAAUGACUCUUGCUUCCCUUAGACACCAUGUCGCCCUUCAACCUCUCUUUAUCAUUAUGGGAGCAGGAGUGACUAUGGUGACUGCUAUGUGUAUUCGGACUGCUACUAAGACUACAGAUGUAAACUGGAGAAAAAUCAAGGAGGAGGACUAUGCUGUUAAUCAUUACAAGGCAAAACAGUUUAAGCUCCUGAACCCCACUGGUGCAGAUCUAGCAAAACCCUCUCCUAUUCCUGACUACAAGAACUAAACCUAAAAAUAUAAACCUAUAGGCCAGGGUUAGCAAUAUACAAAAUUCGUCUGUAUGUACGUGAAUCAGUUUUUUCUUCAAUUACAAACUUGUCAUAUUUAUCCUAAAUAUUGAACAUGUUGAGACCAAAAACAAAAAAUCGUCAAAAUGUUUCGUCCAUUCUUGAAUUCCAUUGUGAAUAAAGAUUGGUUUCGUUUCUGUUAAAAAUAUGUGUUAUUUAUUCAUUUUUAAAUAAAUCUACCUAAAUCCA